AUGAUGGAAUCAUUGAGUAACGCGAGUAAUACUUCUAAGAAACGACCUUCGAAAAGUCUACGCCGGGCAUGCUGGGAGUGCAAGAAGCGCAAAGUUCACGGGAAUGCGAGCCAAAAUACCCUCAACUCUUCCGCCAUCAUGGACAAUACCGGAUCGGAUCGGAUAGAUGACGGGAAUCCAUGCUCAAACCACAUCCAAGAAAGGCUAUGCAAACUGGAACAACUUUUUGAAAGAUUUGUGUGUCGUAAAAAUGCCACCGCAGGCGCCGCCACUACUGUGCCGCACAGCCCUGCCCUCACUGCCUCAGGCUCUACCGAGAAAGACAUCAAACCGGAUGUAUCGGAACUGCGAAGCGAUGCGUAUAGCACUUCCUCACUGGCCGAUGGGAUCCUUGGGGCGCAAACAUGGACUUCAGCGCCCUCUCUUCGUACUUUGGUCAACAAGUCAGAUAGCAAGGGGCAGCCCUCAGACUACGACAACAUUCACCGAACCCUAGCCGCCUUGUUGCCAUCACAGCACGAUGCAGAUAUCAUCUUCGAAUCGUCUAACGGGUGGAUGAUCUUAGAAGGCAUCUACCGGGCGUCGAAAGAAAUAUAUGUUAACAACGACCUGCAGUCGUACGCUCUGUGUAUGCAGGCUGUGGCACAAGAGCGGCCUAUCAUCAUCGCUCGCACAUUACUGCAUCUGGCCAUCUGUAUCAACUCGCUCCCACCCGAUUUCGAUCAUUCGCGCCUCUCGAGCAUCUGGAACAUGGAGGUGACGAUGCAAAACUAUGUAUCGACGGUGACAUCGUUGGUAACCUCCUCGGACGAGCAGAUGAUGACGUUGCAUGGGCUUGAGGUGCUUUUGCUCCUAGCUCUCUACCAUCUAAACAGUGCUUCGUUACGGCAGUCAUGGCUUGUUGUGCGGCGCGGUCUAAGCCUGGCACAUCUUAUGGGAUUCCAGCGCAUCAUUGCGCAGGACGACCUUAACCCCCCGAUCCCAGCGAUUUCGGACGCCAAGUCGAUAUGGCGCCACUUCGUUGACAUUGAUCGGUAUUUAGGACUGCAUCUCCGCCUCCCGUUCGGCGCGGACGACUAUCCACUUCCAGCAGACGCCAGCCCACAUCUCGUUCAUCGGUCGAAACUCAACUACCUGACAAGACAAGUGGCGGAGCUUGAUCGCGAUGUCUCGCCACAGGCAUAUUCGGCAGCGCUGGCAUUGGACGAGCAGCUGGAAUUCUCCAUGAAGGAGAUGCCCAAGGACUUCUGGGAAGUACCAAAUAUACCGUCGACAGCAAGAUCGCCAGAGUCUUUCGCUACACUGGAGCGACUGAUGGUGCAAGUCUGGCACUUUGAGAUGAAGCUAUUCAUCCACCUGCCUUACCUACUCAGAGCACAUCUCGACAAUCGAUACGAGUACUCCAAGGUCACCGCGUUACAGGCCUGCCGCAACAUCUUGAUGAGAUGGUUCGCGCUCCGCAACGCAAGCAUCACGCAAGCGUGUUGUCGAUUCGCCGAGCUUUCAGUCUUCAUCGCCGCCGUCACACUCACACUGGACAUCGUCAUCGAGCUAGGCACAAAAGACAAAAUCGAAGUAAAGAAGACCAAAGGAACAGACUUCGCCAUGAUAUGUCGUCUCAUCGGCGAAAUGGAAAAACUGGCCAGCGCCAGCCCACGCGAAAGAAUCGCAGCACGCAGCGCUAUAGUACUCAAGAAGAUCCUCUCCUCACUGGACCCGAGCAAACAGCCCAGUGGCAAAGUCCGCCACACGAUACCUUUCUUCGGGACAGUGGAAUUGGAGUUUAUGAAGUUGCCCAUACGCCCGGUUUUCGAUAUUGAUUCUGACGCGGGCAAGUUGAUGAAUGCUACCGCUACGGGACAGCAUCUUCCAGUGUUUUCAUUCAUUGAUAAUUCGCUGUGGCCGCCGGCUGGUGAGGAUGAGGAUCAAUGGGAUAUUGUCCUGUUUGAUGGGCUUGAAGAUCGGGAUACGCAGGGCAAUUGGGUGUUCUGA